CGAUGGACUUUGCUGCGCUUCUGCGAGAAGAGCGACGGAAGGCCGCAGCAACGCGGCAUCACACCGCAAACGCCAGAGAAGCUCAGAUAAAUGAGAAAACGAUUGUCCCUGACGUGCGAGAUGCGGCCGUCGACUUGGCUCCGCUUCAGUUUGCGCGUCGACUUCCCGUGGACCUCGAACUGUCCCGUGUGUGCAAAUCCAUUAUCUCGUCAGUGCAUUACAUCCCAGAUUGGCUCUCGUGCGACGAGGAACGUGCGAUUCUCGAUCGGGUGGCAGCAGCGCCGUCGGCAGCGUGGGUUCAAUUGAAGCACCGUCGGUUGCAAGUGCAUGGCGGAACAGUGACCAACAAGUACACGCCAGCACCCCUGCCAUCAUGGCUGCAAGCGUUGUCGACAAGCUUUGUCGAGAUGGGCCUCUUCGACACAGCCCACACGCCAAACCAUGCGCUGAUCAAUGAGUACAGACCUGGCGACUACAUUCUCCCUCACGAAGACGGACCCUUGUACCAUCCCCUCGUCGCGAUCGUGAGCCUCGGCGCUAACGCUGUCAUGUCAUUCAAGCGCCAUCGACAUCUUGUCGACCAUGCCUCGUCCGAAACGAUUCCCAUCCGCGUCAACCGCCGCAGUCUCAUUGUGUUCACAGACCAAGCGUACACCGAACAUCUGCACAGCAUCGACGACGUUGCGCCAGCCACUCGGGUGUCCCUGACAAUUCGGCAUGCGCUGUCGUUGUAGGUGGCAACCAACUCUCGUACGACAAAUCUCCACUUCAAUCAGUGGCCUCCUGUCAAGACCACGUUUUCCCGACAUCGCAUUGGUUUCGUCGCCUGGUCUGGUCUUAAAACCGAUCAACGAAAAC